GGUAAUAAUCUCAUUUCGUAUUAUUGAGGACCUGAUAGAUGUCCACAAAAGGUUUGAGUUCACAAUUUUCAAUUUCAAAAAGUUUUUAAAAUAAUUGAAAACAUGGAAUGAUUUUGUAUGAUUUUCAAGUAAAAAUAAACAAUGAAUUUGAAGAAAAAAGAAUCUUAAAGGUGCGGGUUUCGAAUAAGAAAAUCUGGCAAAAAAUGGAGCGAAUUUGGAGAUGUGCACAAAAGGUUUGAGGAUGGUAUACAAAUACUGAAGGUAAUAGAAGAAGUGGUGGAAGUAAUAGAAGAAGGGCUGAACAAAAUGAGGAUGGUAUACAAAUACUGAACCACAAAGGGAUUAGGAUCAAUGAGGGAAGAUCCUGUGAUAAAAUGAAGUCUGUAAAUGAAAUCUGUUAUUCGGACACUAGUCACCUUAUUAUAGGGUCUAGUAGUCAUGAGUAGCAUCAUCUCCUGGAAUGUAAGGGGGCUUAACAGCCCCCUGAGAGGUUACUAACCUUCUCUAUGUAAAUAAAGUUGGGUUGGCCGGAUUGAUAGAAACAAAAUUAACAGGUGAUUAAGUACAGGAGCUGAUGACUAGGAAAUGGACUGAAUAUGACUAUGUGAGUAACCAUGUCAAUAAUGAGAAGGGGAGGAUUUUGCUUAUAUGGAGGAAAGGAAAAUAUACAGUGAGGGUGAUAACUAUCAACAAACAAUUUAUUCAUUGUGAAAUUCAGGAACAUGGCAGACAGUUUCUUCUAACUGUUGUCUAUGCUGAUCAUAUAGUUCAACGAAGGAAGCCAUUAUGGGAGGAUCUAAGCAGUCUAAUGCAAGGCGGUCGAAUUGCUUGGUUGAUGAGGGGAGAUUAUAAUUGCAUAAUAAGUAAAGAGGAAAGACUUGGUAGAAGGCAAGAGCUCAAUGAAGACAAUGGAAAAUUCAAAAUGAUGAUUGAAAACUGUGAAUUUUGGCAAUUGAAUACUUAUGAUGGGGAAGAGUAUACAUGGUCCAAUAAACUGAUUGGGGAUAUGAGAAUCCUAGCUAAGCUUGACAGAACUCUAGUAAAUGUUGAUUUGAUGUUGCAACAUCCAACUAGCUAUACUACUGUCAUGCCAGCAGGAGUAUCUGAUCAUAAUCCCUUGGUGAUUAGGUGGGAAAGUGGUAGACAUGAAGGGAAAAGAACCUUCAAAUUCUUCAAUAUGUGGAUGGAGCAUGAGGAAUUUGAAGGCAUUACAAAGGAGACUUGGAAGGAGAAGAUUAAAGGUAGUAAGCAGUACAACGUAAUGCAAAAACAGAAGAGAAUAAAGCCAAAGCCGACACACUUAAACAGGAAAAGCUUUGCAGAAUAGAGGAAAAGGAGAAGGAAUGGAAAGCAAAGCUGGAAAAGAUACUAAGGGCAUUAAUGGAUGAUCCUGUGAAUGAAGAAUUACAAGUUCAGGAAAGAACAACAUUGGCAGUAUACUCUACGUGCAGUAGAGCAGUGAUGAGUGUUUGGAAGCAGAAAUUGAAAGAAAGGUGGUUACAAGAUGGAGAUCUGAACACUAAGUAUUUCUAUGCUAGUAUGAAACAGAAGAAUAAUAGAAAUAGGAUCAGAUCUUUUGUGACUGAUCAGGGAGAUAUAGUAGAGGAAUGGCAGGAGCUUGAAAGGCAUUUCCUACAGUUUUAUGAAGAUCUGUUGAGGAAAGAAGUAGAGAGAACAAAUGCAAGAAGUGAAGUAUUCAACUCAGGGCCUAAUUUGUCUCAAGAACAGCAGGUUCUUCUGACUAAAUAUUUCACCAUUGCAGAGGUUAAAGCACCAUUAUAGAUAAAAGUGCUGGACCUGAUGGUUACAGCAGUGGUAUCUAUAGAAGGAUGUGGCAUAUUGCAGGAGGGGAGGUCAGUGAAGCUGUGUUUGAAUUUUUCAAGACUGGGCAACUAUUAAAACAGAUUAAUGCAACUAUGAUAAGUUUGAUUCCCAUAACUGCUUCUCCUAGGAAUGCGGCUGAGUUCAGGCCAAUAUCUUGCUGCAAUACAUUCUAUAAAUGUAUCUCUAAGAUGUUGUGUAAGAGACUGAGCAAGAUACUACCUGAUCUAGUGGAUCUAAAUCAGGGAGCAUUUAUCCAACAGAGGUUGAUCCUACAUAAUAUUCUGCUGGCACAAGAAUUAAUCAGGAAGUACAGGAGAAAGAACAUUCAUCCUAGCUGUGUGACGAAAGUUGACCUCAAGAAAGCAUAUGAUUUUGUACAUUGGGGGUUUAUCAUGGAAAUGUUAAAGGCAUUCAAGUUUCAUCAGAAGUUUAUAAAUUGGAUGAUGGUCUGUGUGACAACUAGCUCGUAUUUCAUUAACUUGAAUGGAAGCAUUACUGGUUUCUUCCCAGGGAAAAGAGGACUAAGGCAAGGGGAUCCUUUGUCACCCUUGCUUUUUGUGCUGGUCAUGGAAUAUUUUACUUGACUGUUGAAGUUAGAAGCAAGCAGAGAACAAUUUGUAUAACAUCCUAAUUGCAAGAAGUUACAGAUCACUUCUCUGAGUUUUGCGGAUGACCUGCUACUUUUCAGUGGUGCUGAGGUUAAUACAGUAAAGGUAAUCAAAAAAGUCCUGGAUCAGUUUGCAGGAACCACUGGGUUGUCAGUCAAUCUGGGGAAGUCUAAUAUGUAUUUUGGAGGGUGCACUGAGGAAAAGAUACAAGAAUUAAAACAGGUGAUGGGUUUUGAAGAAGGACAGUUUCCUAUGAGAUACUCGGGGCUUUCUGUUUCUCCAACAACAUGGACUAAGAGUGAUUGCCAAGUGAUGGUGGAGAAGAUCACAGCUAGACUUAACUAUUGGACUUCUAGGAACUUAUCAUAUGAUGGCAGAACUCUAUUAGUCAACACUAUGCUGCUAAAUUUGAACUCAUAUUGGGCCAGUAUCUUUUUGAUCCUUCAGAGUGUAAUGCAACAAGUGAUAACUGUUUGCAGGAAUUACUUGUGGGGAAAGAGGCAGAAUGGCAAGUGUUGGGCUUUAGUUUCUUGGGAAGAUAUAUGUUGUAAGCAUAAGGAGGGUGGAGUAAAUCUAAAAGAGCCAAGGAAGUGGAAUAUGGCAUUGUUGGGUAAGCAAAUUUGGGACUUAGCACAGCAGAAAGCAAGCUUGUGGAUAAGAUGGAUGCAUGAAUACUACCUGAAAGGAAAGUCUGUAUGGGAGUAUAAUGUGCCUCAAGAUUCCAGCUGGCAUAUGAAAAAGUUGAUGAAGAUUAGAGACUUGUUAAAAGGUGAUGUGCAGAAAGUUCCCUGGCAUGGAAAUGGUGGACAAACUUACACAGCUAAGCUUGGUUAUCAGUGGCUAAGAGGAUCAAAGGAGAAAUAUCAGCCAGCAAGUAUUAUAUGCAAUAAUUAUAGCUUGCCUAAACACUGCUUCAUAAGUUGGCUGGCUUGGAAAGGAAGACUGUUGACAGCAAAAAGAUUGGAGCAGAUGCAGCUGAUAGUUGAUGAUGCUACUUGUGGCUUAUGUCAGAAUGAUGUAGACAUCACAGAUCAUCUCUUUUUCCGUUGUGAACAUUCUCAGGCAAUUAUAGCAGAAAUGCAAGACUGGCUAGGAAUCACGAGGAGGAUGCACAGUUUGAAUGCUGCUGGAAUUAGUUUCAUAUGGAAAAACAACAAGAUCAAGAGAACAGUGUGGUAUGCCUGCCUUAAUGCAAUUAUUUACUGCAUAUGGACAGAGAGGAAUGCUAGAAGAUGUGGAAGUGGAAUGUUAGAUGCUAUAUCAAGAUUUGAGUUGAUGAAAAAGGAGGCAGUUUGGAAGAUACAGUGUAAGCAGACAAGAGUAAAGGUUCAGAAUCAGGUUUUUUUUUUUUUUUUGCAUAAACUAGGGGUGAUCUGAGUUGGGUUUUGAUGUAUAGAAAGGUAGGACACAUUUGUACAGUGACUUGUAGUUAAAGUUAUACAAAACUUUAC